UGUUGGGACAUAAUUGGCUCUGUUUUCUCAUUCAUCCUGUGCAGUUGUGGCAUUACCAUCAACCUGUUCAAUAAUGUUCACCGCCGACCCAUCUUGGAUCUUGAUGCCCCUGCUCCUCUUUCCGAUUGCACGCGGAAAUGCUCGCACCUCACCACUCAACAUAAAUCCUCGCUCCGCCCCUACACCUUUGACCUUACCACAAUAAUCGUUAAAAUUUUGCAGGCAAUGUUUGGGGCUGUCCAAUUGGGAUUAUUGGCGGCCUGCGUUGUUCUCUUCGUUCCGCUAGUCAUGGCGGGAUGGCACUUGAGCCGCAACAAGAUGCUCUUCUUUAGCUGCGCUCUCUUCAUCACCCUCUCCGUUGGCGUUCAUUUGGCCCCUUACUUUCCUGCCAUCUCCUCUUUCGUUUCCUCCCCAGGUUUACAAUCCUCAGAUUCAAAUCCAAAUUCCUGCAUUUCUUUACUUCAUCAGGUCGCAUUUACUACUAACACUACUGAUCUUUACGAUAAAUCUUGGGAGUGGAAGUGGGUGCAUUCUGAACCGGCGGAUCGGUGUGGAUUCCAGAAGUUGGGGAAAUCGGAUGCUUUGGAUUUGUUAAACGGGUCGUGGGUUGUGGUGGCUGGGGAUUCUGAGGCCAGGUUGGUGGCGGUUUCGCUGUUGGAGUUAUUACUGUGGCCAAAUGAGAUGGAAUUGAUUAGGGGUGAUUUGUUUAAGAGGCAUAGUGAUUAUAGCAUUGUGGUGGGUAAAAUUGGGAUGAAGCUUGAUUUUAGAUGGGCCCCAUAUGUGAGUAAUUUGACUAGUUUGAUGUUUGAGUUCAAGGAGAAAAAUAAUUACCCUGAUGUAUUGGUGAUGGGGUCAGGACUAUGGGAUAUGCUACAUGUGAAUGAUGCAUCAGAUUAUGGUUUUUCACUUAAGUUGUUGAGGGAUUCACUAGUUAUGUCGUUGCCCGUUUACCUGGAUACUGUUUCUGCUCGUUCCCCGCAGUUGUUUUGGCUUGGCAUGCCAAUGCUGAUAAAUUCAAUGUUGAAUACAAAUGCAAAGCGGGAGAGGAUGACGGAUGCUCAUUGGCAAGCUUACAAUGACGAGCUCUAUAGAAGUAAGCUGCUGCUACAAUUUGGUGGCCCCUUUUUCUUGUUGGAUUUUCAUACUCUCACUCAUAACUGCGGGGUUGAAUGCACUACUGAUGGUAUGCAUUACAAUGGGAUUGUCUACGAACCUGCAGUUCAGAUCAUGUUAAACGGGUUGCUUAUAGAAUCUAACCAGAAGUUAUGAUGGAGGGUGGUUGUUGUUUCUCCUCUAUACUAGAGUUGCUCCGACAUUUGAGAGAGAAAGAGGGUACUUGUGAGCCAGAAAAGCUUGCAUCAAUUCUGCUUCCUGAAGGCACAUUUUAGAGGAUACCCUGGAAAUAUUUUAACCCCCAUGUGAAGCUGGAGAUAGCAUACAAUGGAGUUUUAUCAAUUCUUUAAAAGAGGGAGCAUACAUAAUCAAUGGGAACUGCAAAAACAUCAUGAAUAUGUCUCAAUCUGAUCAAUCAGAACUUUGGCGCUCUGUUGUAAACCGUAAUCUGGAAGCUUAUCUCCGAGUUUCUUCUAAGCUUAAGCUGGGUAUAUAUGGAGAUGAUUUUUCAGUAAAAUUGGAUUCUUCCAAGUCUUGACAAAGCAGUAGUGAUGGAGAUGCUCCUGGAGCAGUAAAAACAUGUGCCAGAAAUUCACAAGGUAGAAUUCCAGUUCGGUUGUAUGUUCGGAGCCCUACUGGGGAUUUAGAUUAUGUAGAAGUUGCACCUGUGGUUGAAAGUUGGGACAAGAUCCCUUACAUUAAGCGACCCAUUGAGAUUCACGAAGAUGGUUUGUAGAAAUGUUAUUCAGUGGUUGCAUUUUUGUUCCUAGUUGGCAAAUUGUGGGCAAGGACAACAGUCACAGUGUGAAUGUUUCACUCUCUUGUGGGGUGGUUCUUUUUGGGCAUCAGGCACUAGCUCUUCUGAGUCACCAUGAUUUACCUCUCCACAAUCGUAUCUCACCGAGGUGUGGGACCCCUAGAACGAGAGAUUUCUUUCACCUUUUGUGGGUAAGAGAUUUCUCAAGAUGGUAGAUGGAUUAAACUUCAAGGAUGGUAGCUUUUUUGUCAGCUUUUAGUGUCAAACUUUUACUUCGCUCAAGAAUUUGAAGGUCUGCUUUAAUGGGUUCGUGGGGAGCAUUCCUCCAGCUAUUGGAAACUUGUCUGCUUUGGUUGCAUUGUCAAUUUGUCACCAAGGAAGAACAAUCUCACAGGAACUCUGCCCGGUCAAGUUUCUUAAAAGAGACUACCUGAUAUCGCGGGGCCCGCGGGAAGCGGCGUUCGAGUCUGUUGCGUCAUUGUCGCAGGGGAGGGUCCGAAUCUGCUGUGUGGUGAUUUAGGAAUUUUGGGUGCUCUCACAAAAAAAAAAAAAAAAAAAAAAAAAACGGGAAUUUAGGGUGCUCUUAAAAAAAUUGGUUAAUUAUUCAAUUCCUAUGAUGAUUAAGAUUGGGAAUAUUUUAUUCCUAUUAUGGUUAAGAUUAGGCAUACUUUGUGUGCUUAUCAAUAUAAAUAUAGGUUAUGCAUCGAAUUGAAGAAGAAGAAAAAAGUAUUACACCAUCGUUUACGCAGGCCUGAGUUUUGUACGUCUCUCAAAGUGGCUGCUACCCUUGGAGUUUUACAAUAAGCUGGUAGAUGGAGAGAGACAAAACAAAUCAUUGUCAAUCAUCUAUUCCUCCUCAGGUUCCGUGGUUUCUAUACUAUAAAGGGAAGCGAUCUAAUACUCAAAUAUUUUUUAAUAUUAUUAAUAAAGAACGCACUUGGGAGAUCAAGAACAUGCCAAACAAAUUUGUAUGCACAAACUCACAUGGAUGGAUGGUGAUGCGUAAUCCGAACCGAAAUUCUAGUGUAUGUUUUUUAUUAAAUCUUGCGACCAUGGAAAAGACGAUGCUACCCCCUUUGAAACUCAAAACAUGGAAUUACUGCAUACUCACGUCGCCUCCAAGUGACCCUACAUGUAUUGUUGGGUUCUUCCAUUUAAAUCGGCUCACUUUUUGGCAUCUCGGUGAAAAGAUAUGGAGGGAACACAAGUUUGAUGUCGAGGAUGAUGCAAUGGAUUAUAUCGUUUACUGUGAAGGAAAAUUUUAUUGUAUGAAUUUGAAUCAUGAUACUAUCAUGGAAGUGAUGGUAUUGAAUGAUCAUAAAUGUGAAAUGAAGCAAUUAAAAGUAGAAAAACCAGGAUGGGAUACUCCUGGUGGGGUAAUGUCUGAAUCUUACUUUAUUGAAUCUCUUGGUGAGAUUUUUCAUGUUAUUAUAAUAUUCGCUGGGAUUUUUGGUGAUAAAA